GUGUACUCUUCUACCCAGAACAUGGGAAAACGUGGUGAGGUGGAGGAGUCCAGCCUAGAAUCAGCAUGUCUGGAAUUGGAAAUAAACGAGUGGCGACAGACUCUAGUCCAACAGGGCCUCCGGAGAAGAAGGCGGGUGUUGAAGACUCAGGAACUACUGUGGAAACCAUUAAACUUGGUGGUGUCUCCUCUACGGAGGAACUGGACAUUCGCACCCUCCAGGCUAAGAACCGAAAGCUGGCAGAGAUGCUGGACCAGCGGCAGGCCAUUGAGGAUGAGCUGCGGGAACACAUCGAGAAGCUGGAAAGGCGGCAGGCCACGGACGAUGCUUCACUGCUGAUUGUCAACCGCUACUGGAGUCAGUUUGAUGAGAACAUACGCAUCAUUUUGAAGCGCUAUGAUUUGGACCAAGGCCUCGGAGACCUCCUGUCAGAGCGGAAAGCCCUGGUGGUGCCAGAACCUGAGCCUGAUUCGGACAGCAACCAGGAGCGCAAAGAUGAGAGGGAACGGGGAGAGAUGGUGGAGCCCGCAUUCUCCUUUCUGGCGACCCUGGCCAGCAGCACCAGUGAGGAGAUGGAAUCUCAGUUGCAGGAGAGGGUGGAGUCCUCCCGCCGCGCAGUCACACAGAUCGUGACCAUGUACGACAAACUCCAGGAGAGAGUGGAUGUGCUGUCCCAGAAGCUGAACAGUGGAGAUAUUAGUCUCAUGGAGGAGGCUGUCCAAGAGCUGAAUUCCUACCUGGCAAAUGAGAACAGACGGCUGCAGGAACUGGCUGAUUUGCUGCAGGAAAAGCACCGCUCCAUGUCUCAAGAGUUUUCCAAAUUGCAAGGGAAAGUGGAGGCAGCGGAGUCUCGUGUAUCUGUGCUUGAGACCAUGAUUGAUGACUUGCAGUGGGACAUUGACAAAAUCCGCAAGCGGGAGCAACGGCUCAACAGGCACCUGGCGGAUGUCCUGGAACGCGUUAAUUCGAAAGGCUACAAGGUGUAUGGAGCAGGCAGCAGUCUUUAUGGGGGUACAAUCACCAUCAACGCUCGGAAGUUUGAAGAGAUGAAUGCUGAACUGGAGGAAAACAAGGAGCUUGCCCAGAACCGCUUGAGCGAACUGGAGAAGUUGCGUCAGGAUCUCGAGGAGGUGACAACUCAGAAUGACAAGUUAAAGGUGGACCUGAGGAGGGCGGUGGAAGAAGUGGUGAAGGAAACCCCGGAAUAUCGUUGCAUGCAGUCCCAGUUCUCUGUUUUGUAUAACGAGAGCCUCCAACUCAAAUCCCAGCUGGAUGAGGCCCGCACGCUGCUUCAUGGCACCCGAAGCACCCACCAGCGCCAGGUGGAACUCAUUGAGCGGGAUGAAGUCAGCCUACACAAGAAACUGCGAACGGAGGUUAUUCAGCUGGAGGACACCCUUGCUCAGGUCCGCAAGGAGUACGAGAUGCUGCGAAUUGAGUUUGAGCAGACCCUUGCAGCCAACGAGCAAGCAGGCCCCAUCAAUCGGGAGAUGCGGCACCUCAUCAGCAGCCUCCAGAACCACAACCACCAGCUGAAAGGGGAAGUGCUGAGAUACAAACGCAAACUGCGGGAGGCUCAGUCUGACCUGAGCAAGACCCGUUCCCGCAGUGGAGCUGCCCUCCUGCACUCCCAGUCCAGCACAGAGGACGCCAAGGAGGAGCUGCUGGAGAUCAAGCAGGAACCAGAGGAUCCGUCUUCUCAGCCAGUGGUCCCCAGGAGUGCCCCUGAGGACGCCCCGGACCCCAAGGCAAAGCGGGAUGAAGAGGAGCGGGAGCGGGAGCGGCGGGAAAAGGAGCGGGAGCGGGAGAAGGAGAAAGAGAAGGAGAAGGAGCGAGAACGGGAGAAGGAGAAAGAGAAGGAAAGGGAGCGAGAGAAGCAGAAGCAGAAAGAGUCCGAGAAGGAGAGGGAAUCUGCCAAGGAGAAGGACAAAGGAAAGCAUGACGAUGGAAGGAAAAAGGAAGCAGAACUGGUCAAGCAGCUGAAGGCUGAUCUUAAGAAGGCCCAAGAAAGCCAGAAAGAAAUGAAGCUGUUGUUAGAUAUGUACCGCUCUGCCCCAAAGGAGCAGAGAGACAAAGUACAGCUGAUGGCUGCCGAGAAGAAGGCCAAAGCUGAGCUAGAUGAGCUAAGGCAACGAGUGAAGGAGUUGGAGGACAAGGAGAAAAAAGAGAGCAAAAAGAUGGCCGACGAGGAUGCACUCAGGAAGAUCCGAGCAGUGGAGGAACAGAUAGAAUAUUUGCAAAAGAAACUAGCCAUGGCUAAGCAGGAAGAAGAGGCACUGCUCUCUGAGAUGGACGUGACAGGCCAGGCCUUCGAGGACAUGCAAGAGCAGAACAUUCGCCUGAUGCAGCAGCUGAGGGAAAAGGACGACGCCAACUUCAAGCUCAUGUCGGAACGCAUCAAAUCCAACCAGAUCCACAAGCUGCUAAAGGAAGAGAAGGAGGAGCUAGCGGACCAGGUGCUCACCCUGAAGACGCAGGUGGAUGCCCAGUUGCAAGUGGUGCGCAAGCUGGAGGAGAAGGAGCAUCUCCUGCAGAGCAACAUUGGCACCGGAGAGAAGGAGCUGGGGCUGCGAACCCAGGCGCUGGAGAUGAACAAGCGCAAGGCCAUGGAUGCGGCUCAGCUCGCCGAUGACCUUCGGGCCCAGCUGGAGCUGGCCCAGAAGAAGUUGCAUGACUUCCAGGAUGAGAUUGUGGAGAACAGCGUGACAAAGGAGAAGGACAUGUUCAACUUCAAGCGAGCCCAGGAAGAUAUCUCAAGGUUACGAAGGAAACUGGAGACCACCAAGAAACCUGACAUGGUUCCCAACUGUGAUGAGAUCCUGAUGGAGGAGAUCAAAGAUUACAAGGCCCGCCUGACCUGCCCUUGUUGCAACAUGCGCAAGAAGGACGCCGUGCUCACCAAGUGCUUCCACGUCUUCUGCUUCGAGUGCGUGAAGACCCGCUACGACACCAGGCAGCGCAAGUGCCCCAAGUGCAACGCCGCGUUCGGGGCCAACGACUUCCACCGUAUCUACAUCGGCUGAGUUCUGGCUGCGUGAGGCUGAAGAGGCCUCUCUGCCACCACCCUGGUCACUCAUCCGCUGGCCGGAUACAGCGCCUCUCUGUCAGCACCUCCCCUACUGUUUGUAAAGACGAGUCGCCUUUCGCUAGCGAGUACGGUGGGGUUCUGUCUCCCCACCUUGUGUUUUGCAUUUGGCCAUUUCUUUUUCAGCACUGCCAGCCUCCCUCCGUCAGUCCCUGUUUGUUGCCUGCAGGAUGACUUUUUGGGCAAAAUGGGUCCCAGUUCUGGUGGAUGCCAGUUGGCCUGCUGCUGAACCAGGCAACAUUCUUAAAGCUAGGGGAUUGGCCUGGGGAACUUUUAAAAAGGCCUCUUGUUUCUGUUUUUUCCCCCGUCCCUCUCCCUUUUUUCCAGUAAAAGAGGAAACGGCUCUCUCCCCAGUCAAUGCUUUGUGUAAGUCCACUUGCAUCCAUUGAGGGACUUGUGACACUGUGGUAGUUCCUUGUGCAGGUUGUUCGUUGUGAGGUGUGGCAACUGAUACCAAGCUAGCAAGCAGGAGCAAGGAACCCCGGUAUCUGAAGAAAAUCACUGCAGCGGGACCACUGACGUGUCUAACAUUGAGCCCCUGAAUUGGGGCAGGAAUGGCCAGUGAAGUUCCUAAUGGAGGCUGAGGCAUCAGAAGGAAGGGCAGCCUUCUCUCACCUUGUCUUGAACUGUGUGCAACUUGGUUUGCCAGAAGCGGGAGAGCUGGAGCCAUGUUCUUCGACUGGCUCAUGCUUUGGGCCCUCGCGUAGCAGCUGUGCGUGACUCAACGUGGCAUGAGAGAGGGUGAGGGUGCACUUUCACAUCUCCAGUAUGUGACCUAGAGUGAAUGUGUCUAAAGGCCUCCAUGAAUAGGAGCUCUGGGCCCAUUCUGUCCGCUGCCUUUUCACGGCCAAAGAAUUGCAUGAAGGCAUUUCAUUGGAUGGGAGCUGAUUUCAACCCGUGUGCUCAGUGGGCCGUGAAGGAGGCUCGCUACCAUGCCCUGUUCCAUAUAGGACUGAUGCAAAGUGUUGAAGCCUGGACUAGGCCCUUGAGACCCUCAUUCCAUUAGGGAUUCGCUUUGAGGCUGGGUGGAGAAGUUGGGGUGACUGGCUAGUCCAUCAGGUAUUUCAGUCUUUUCUUCCUUUCCCAACACAUACUUUAUUGACUUUGUUUGGCUAUGAAAAUGACUGAUUGGAAGUGUAGCUGCUUCAAUAAAAAAAAUCAGAGGUUUUAA